AUGCCCAAACCAACUAUUCUCAUCGUUGGCACUACUGACACCAAGCUUGAUGAAAUCCUCUACCUUCGCCAGCAGAUCCUCGCCGAAGAUGCCUGCCAAACCAAAAUCUUCGAUGUAAGUGCCACACAGGGCAAGUCACCAGCCCUAGAAGAAAUUCCUCCGGACGAAAUCAUCUCGCCACUGCACGAGCACAGCGCUCUUAAGACUCUCCCUCGUGGAGAUUACAUUGACAAGACUAUCGAAAUAUGUGUACCAUUAGUCAAAGAUCUCGUUGAGAAGGCCAAAAUCUUCGGCAUCGUCUCGGCAGCCGGCAGCAGCGGCUCUUCGAUCGCAACUGCAUGUAUGCGCAAAGCAUGCCCAGUAGGAUUUCCAAAACUCAUGGUCUCGACCAUGGCCAGUGGAGACGUCAGGCAUUAUGUCGAACAAACAGACAUUACCAUGAUGUACAGCGUUGUUGAUAUCGCAGGGGUCAACACGAUCCUCAAGCGGAUUUUGUCGAAUGCUGCGUCCGCGAUUUCUGCGAUGACAGUAUCAUAUGCAAAAUCUGUGGUCGACGCUUCUCCAGCAGACACAAUAGGCAAGCGCAUCGCUAUCACAAUGUUCGGCAAUACAACCCCUUGUGUGGACCAGAUCCGGCGUAUUCUGACUUCAACGCCACACGACGUAUCCGAAUACGAGAUCUACGUCUUCCACGCCACCGGAUCCGGCGGGCGUGCGAUGGAGCGACUUAUCAGGGAAGGGCAGAUAGACGCGGUGAUAGAUCUAACCACGACCGAAAUCGCAGACGAACUCUAUGGUGGCGUGCUUACCGCUGGCCCGGACCGUCUUGAAGCUGCGGCCCAAAUGGGUAUCCCAAUGGUGGUCUCCGUUGGGGCUUGCGACAUGGUCAAUUUUGGGCCCAAAGACAGCGUGCCCGAGAAGUAUAAGGAUCGUCACCUGGUCGUCCACAACCCUGCCGUUACCCUCAUGCGUACAACAAAGGAGGAAAAUCGGGAGAUCGGAGACUGGAUCGCCUCGAAGCUGAAGACCCAUGCCUCCAAUCCCGCUUCGAUCAGGGUCCUCCUACCGGAAGGCGGUAUCAGCAUGCUCGAUGCUCCAAACCAGCCGUUCCGCGAUGCCGAAGCCGACAAAGCAUUGUUUGAAAGUGUCGAGGACGGACUCGAGGGUUCUCAGAUUGAGAUCGAAAAACACCCACUGCAUAUCAACGACGAGAUCUUUGCGGGGCAUGUUGCUUCAGCUAUCCUGGAGGUGAUGGGCAUAACGCCGAGAAAAUACAGGUUGGCAAAUGCGAGGAGACGUAAAUGGUCCUUUGACCAUGGGCCGACGGUCAUGCUGGCGAGAAGACUCAGCCAGAUUGAGAUCCCCGAUGCAUAG